AUGAUAGGAAGUGCUCGUGUUCGGCUGAACCGGUGGCAGCAGGCAGCCGUUGCGGUUGGCUCAGCUGUGGGCGCAUUGCUGGACCCAAGAAGAGCUGACCUCAUAGCAGCUCUUGGAGAGACAACUGGGAAGCCUGCAUUUGAAAGAGUUCUUGAAAGAAUGAAGAAGAGCCCUGAAGGCAGGACUGUACUGUUGGAGCAACCCCGUGUAAUAUCUGUAAAAGUGGGUCAUGCGUGGGAUCUACCAGAAAACACAUUUGGUGCGGCCUAUGCAAAGUUCAUGGGGUCCAGGAACUUCUCCCCAGAUGAUCGACCGCCAGUGCGGUUCAUGGAAACGGACGAGCUUGCAUACGUGGCCAUGAGGGCUCGCGAGGUGCACGACUUCUGGCACACCCUUUUUGGCCUUCCAACGAACUUGAUGGGUGAAUCGGCACUCAAGGUAAUAGAGUUUGAGCAAAUGUACCUUCCCAUGUGCCUGAUGUCCGUUAUAGGGGGGUCGACAAGAUUCAGUGAGAAGCAAAGAAAAUUGUUCUUUCAACACUACUUUCCUUGGGCCAUCCGAGCCGGAAUGCAGUGCACAGAUCUCAUGUGUGUAUAUUAUGAGCAGCACUUUCAUGAGGACUUGGAGGAUGUUCGGAGAAAAUGGGGCAUAAUUCCUGCUCCGUCUGUUCCUAAACAAACCCGAGCACCGGCAGCUUCAUCUGCUAUGGGGGAGAAACUGUAG